GGGGAUUUCCUUGUCGCGGGUGGCAGACGCGGCACGGGCUCGGAAAUACUGACCAAAGGUCGGUUCGGGACGGCGCGAGCGCUGGGCGGAAGGCCGCCUCCACCUCGCGCCCUCUCCCCAGCCGAGACUUGGCACCUACGGCCCCCCGCAGUCUUCUCCAGAACCUGAGGCGGGCGGGGGAAGGAAGCGAAAGCCAUCGAGCAAUUAGCUGGACGUCACACUCUCCGAUCCGGAGUCAGGGAGAGGCAGCCCUAUGAGCUAAACUCCCCCCCGAACCCGGAGAUGAGACCGAGCUCGGGACUCCUGCUCCCCGAGCUCCUAUUUCUGCUAGUGCUGCUGAUUCUGCCAGGAGAUGGCAACGAAGGCAGCGUCGCUGGAAGCUGUCCCUGUGAUGAAAGAAUUUCUUUUAAUAACCCAAUACCCUUGCAAACCAUGAAUCGUUACCGAAGAAACCUGAGAGCCUACCGUGACUGUCGAACCCACAUCUGGUUUGAGCUAAUUAGACAGAACGUAUGUGGGAGCAUCAAAGACCCAAGGGUUCGUGAAUUAAUGAGCUGCUUUGAUCGCGGAGAGUGUGGAUAUGAACAUUGGAAGAGUCGGGUCAACCAGGAGCACUUACUUUUUCCCAGCAUUCCAAUUCCUGAGCCCACAGAGUUGGCACCUCCAGAUACGAGCACUCCUACCCAGAUGUACCUGCCACCUACUCAGCAGUCUACCCAGCAAUUCAAGUUUCCAUCAGGAGUGCUGCCUUUGGACAAAGAGUUCACUCACCUAAAGGAAACCACCACUUUCACUGUGGGUUAUAAUCUGGGAAUUGGGUUUAAGGAUGGAGAGAAACAGAAGCAGAAGGAAGAAAUGGAAGGCACUGCAAUUAACAAAUCAGUCAUGGUGGCAGUGCUGUCCCUCCUGGCCAUUGUCUUCGUUCUCACUGGAGUCCUCCUUUAUGUGUUGUGCAAGAGGAGGAGGGAACAGUCUCUGCAGUGCUCUCCAGGUUUGCAUUAUACACCUGUGGCAACAGUCUUCAAUGCCUAAGCCAAGAAAUGAAGCUUGUGUGGUCUGGGGUUGUAGCUCAGUGGUAAAGUACCUCCCUAGCCUGUGUGAGGCUCUGGGUUUAAUCCUCAGCACAUAAAAAUACAUAAAAUGAAAGUAUGUGUCCAUCUACAA